AUGGCGCGCGAGCAGACGUUCUUUCCGAGUGUAGGUACUUUCGGAGAUGAUGUAGCUGACGCGAUGGCCACCCUGCUUGAGGAAAUAGGCCGUACGGAGCUGCGUGAGGACGAUCGUGUGCGGGAACAAUCGUUGGCCGGAAUGCGUGAGUGGAUUCGUCAGAACGGACGAAUCCGUCGGUGUCGCACGGACGACCGAUUUCUGUUGCGAUUUUUGCGCGUGAAAAAGUUCUCCGUACCGCGUGCGUGCGAAAUGCUGGAAAAGUACCUAACGGUACGUCAAACGCAUCCCCGAUGGUUCACCCGGCUCGAUCCGGAUGCGCCCGAGCUGGCCGACGUCCUGGAUGCCUGCUGUUUGCUGCCGAUCGGCCGCGAUCCUACUACUGGGCGAAUCGUGAUCCUUGGCGUUGUGAGAAACUUUGAUGCCCAGCGGUACAACUCCGACAUGAUGAUACGGUUGAACAUGCUCGUCGCCGAAGCGCUGCUCGACGAGGAACCGAACCAGAUCGCCGGCUUCACGCACAUCUUCGACAACGGAAGCAUGACAAUGGCACACGUCACCUGCUGGACGCUGGACAAUCUCGCCGGCUACCUGCGCAGCGUGAUUAACUGUGUGCCGGUGCGCCUCAAGGAGAACCGUUUCGUCAGCGUGCCCACGUUCGCCGCCCAGAUCAGCAAAUACUGCUUGUCGUUCGCCAGCGACAAGCUACGCUCCCGCAUACACUGCCACAGCACGAUGGAGGAACUCCGCGCCGCCGUUCAUCCAGAGCUACUCCCGCAGGAAUAUGGAGGCAAAGGUCCGACACUGAAGGUACUUAAUGCACGCUUCCGGGAGUUUCUCGCCUCGAAGCGGAAGAUGCUGCUCGAGCUGGACUCAGAGCUGGAGAUCGACACGAAGGAUCCACGGGAGUCGGCCACGCACGACGAUGGACACGGCGGAGAUGUUGUGGCCGACGGUGCUGUGGGAAGCUUCCGUCAGCUGUCCAUCGAUUGAUUGGUUGGAACUUUGUGUGAUGUUUUCGGUUCGCUUGAUUGUGUAUUUGUGGCUCAAUCUGUGGUGUUGAUGUGAUAAAUUGGCAGUAGUUUCUUUUUUGCACAAGCCCUUGAAAUCUUAUCUUAGCAAACGGUGUGGUCUUUCCUACGCGUAUCAUCGAGUGCACGUUUAACCUUCACACAGAAACAAAAACACCGUUCUUCGGCGAGAAGCUGCACUACGUGUUUCACCUUCCUCCAUUUGCCAAACGGUGCCAACUA